AUGAGCUCGCCCGCCCCCCCCCCCGCCAGCCGGGCACAGGGGCUCUCGCUGCCGACGCGUCCGGCUCGCUUUCGCCUACCUGGCGCGCCACACACCAGCAGCCGCUUCGCUUCUUGCGCGAGUCCGGCCGCCUCGGGAGCCGAUGGCACAGAAGGAGCCGCGCGGCCCCUCAGCUCGCCGGAGCCCGACACGCGGGACGGGACGCGCCUCUUGCUUGCUGCCCCAGGUAAGGGCUUGCCGGGCAGGGAACUGGGCGAAGUUCGCCCCAGCUAGCGGGAGCGGGGAACUAGGCUGGUCUCGGUGUGCCCGACACACGGCGAAGGGGAGGUGAAGGCUGGCAGUUAGGAUGCGUUACGGAGACAUUAACAACUCCCUGAACCUCACCCCCCUCCCCAAAUACCACUAAGGGCAGCAUGAGGCGGAACAGGAGGGCUGGGCUGUGAGGGAAGAAGGUGCGACUUGGGGUGGAGCGAAGAGCCGGCUUUGGUUUUUGCCGAACACCAGCCGGCAGCACGCGGGGUGCGAGGAGCGCGAGCCGACCGAGAGCUCGGAGGAGACCCGCUGGCGGCGACGCGGCGGAGCUCACUUUUCGCCGGAGCACCUGCGUGCUCGGCUGGGCGCGCGCCAGACUGCGGGGCGCGCGCUCGCUCGCGGCUUCCUCUGGCCCGCGGGGGGUUUUCCCCGGCCCCGAUCUCUCCUGCGCUUGACCCCCUCCCCGCCCCCCUUGUAAGGGCUAGAAGGGAGCCCGAUGAUGCAAGAGGGGAGAGCGAGACUCGCUCCGUAACAGGUUCACAAGAGAGAGCUGGUCGCCUUGGACAGGUGUAUGAAACGGAAAUUGCCACCAAAGCGCCUUCUCCGGAACUCUGAAAAAGCCCCGGCAUUUGCACAGCAGUUUUAGAACAUUCCGAAUGCCCCACAGAAACGCUCUAAUUGCAGUCCCUACCGGGUAAAUCAAUACUGCUGAAACGAGGGUGGUUUGCCUGAUGGUGAGUUUUUGGCAGAGGUAAGGUUAGAAUUGGAGAACUUUCUGAUUCCCAGCUUGCAGCACAAUCCUAACCAUUUGUUCUCAGAAAUAAGUCCUAUAACUAUGGGUGGGGUGUUUUUCUCCCAGGUAAAUGGGGUUAGGAUUGCAGCCAUUGUCCCUUAGCAGCGAAGUUUGGAGUCCUUUGGCUUUCUUAGAUGUGUAGUGGCAGCGGACAGCCACUUAGAUAUUUCUUUGUGUCAAAAAGGAAGCUCUGUCCUUUAUCCCCUGUGAAGAGAAACAGCCUAUGCGUAUCAGCAUAUUUGAAAAAUAGCUGAGUUGGACUGUAGUCGCAAGAAAAGGAGAGUGUGGUGCCGCCUUAGCAAGGAACUAUCAACUUAAUGAAUUAGUUGUGCAGUUACGAGCUUUUCAAGCAGGAGUCCAUUCUUUCGGGCCACAGGUAUGGACAGAUACAUUCACAUUCCCACACACUGGAAGGUAGUAGUCCAUGUGAGUGAGAAUAAAUUCAGAAAUGCUAUACUUUGGGUGUUUUUCAGAUGUAUGCCUCAGAUCUAUGACCCAGCCAGGGCCCUUUUAAGGUGGCUGGGUUCUGUCUUAAGAGUUCCCAUCCCAAAGGAGCUCUUCCCUAGUCCAUGAACUUGCUUGGUGAUACUGCUGUCUUAGUUCUGUUAUGUUUGGCAGUCUCCAUGCCGCAAAUCCAUCCUAAGCAUACGCUGGUGGUUUUCUUCAUUGCCUUCAUGAGAGAACACAGUAUUCUGAAGAUGACAGAAGGUGAAUUUCACACUCAUCUUUUCACAAGCAGAUGAAUACAGCACCAGAAAUUGUUAUACAGAAAUGAAACAUGGCAAACCUGUUGUCUCAGUAGCCAAAGAUUGAGUCUUUCAGUACUAUAUAUAUUUUCUUAAAUUCUGUUUGGCUUAGCUUUCGCUAUGUCCCCAUGUCAUGUAUCCACAUAUGAGUGUUUGUUCAGAUAUGAAUUUAAACUCUAUGAUGCAGCUGUGUAACAGGAUAUAAUGUCAACUUGCUUUAGGUCCAGUUAAGGCAUUAUUGCAAUGGCAGACAAACAGUAAAAAUCCUGGCCUCUAGCUCCAUUUUAACAUCCAUAAUGAAUAGAAUGUCAGAUAAGCUGGGAUCACCCUAACUAAUAUGUUACCACCAUCUCUAGCAUCAGUCUCCUGAUGAUGAUAUGUGAUGUUAACGACAGUAUUUGCAUAGCAUCAUCUGUUCUAGCCUUUCAAACAAAACAAAGUCUGAGAAGCAUUUUAUGUAUUAUUUUGUCAGCCACCAUACUGCUGAUAGUGGGCAUUGGAUAGUGCUGAAGUACCCUUUAUCUGGUCCUCAGUCUGGGUGACAUUUUUUGCACGUUAUUCUUGCAUUACGUUCUCUUAACCACAACCAGGUGUUCAUGAAUUCUCCUCUGCAGAGGUGCCCACAUUGACACUAAGAGACAGAUAGAUUUGGGAACCCUGUGUUUCUCUUAUGUGUAAAUCCACCAACUACAGCAGAGUGCUAUUUUACACACAGAAGAUGUGUAAACUUAUGGUUAAAGGAUUUGAGGUUUGGGUGCUAGGAAUCUGAGAGUCACUGCAGUAGUGCAAGUUUCGAUGGGUCAGUAGUCUGAGUCUGUAACAGGCACCCUUAUUAGAUGCCAAUGUAUGCAGUAUUUGUGAGGUCCUUGUUUUAAUAUAGCUAGUGUGCUUUUUUCUCUGUGAAGAAGAAAUACUUCUAUUUGAUUGUUUGUUUUAUUUUUUAAAGAAACAACAUUAUUUGCUAACUUUUAAAAAUGGCUCCAAGGAUGAGUAUCACCUUUUUGUCUUUUUUCAUUUUAUUUAUUACAUUUCUAUCCUCCCUCCAAUGACCUCAGGGUAGUGUACAUUGUUCCUUCAGUUUACCUUUACAACAACCCUGUGGGGUAGGCUAAGCGAUGGUGACUGGCCCAAGUGAGCUUCAUGAUCCAGUUUGGCACACUAACCACAGCAUUACACCAGCUCUUUUAAACUAAUGCUCUCUGUGUCUUUCCUCACAGAGGUAAUAGCAGCAGGUGUAGUGAGAUUAUAUGGGGAGGAAAGGAGGAGCACUGAUAAUCUCAGAACACUUCUCUGGUUUCCAAAGUGUCAGCGUGGUGCUGAUAAUUCAUUUCGAACAAAUUUUAGAUGAAAGCUCCUCCACCCUUAGUCUGUCCCACAGACAUGAUAUUCAUUUGUCAGUUUGCCUUCACUAAGUUCCAAUUAAUUCAGGGAGAUGCCUUUCACACAUAUAUUUAUGAUUAAAAUGUUAAUGUUGUACUUCACAACUUGGUUCUCGUUCACAAAUAUGAUUGGAUCUUUCUGUAAAAAAAAAUUAAAAGAACACUUAGGAUAAAACGUAUAAGUUGAGUGGAGGGGGGAAAGCCAUGUUUUUGAAAAAAUAUUGUUGAGAUGAGAAGCUAAGGAAAGCCUGUAUUUUGGGACUUUUGCAGUACUGAAGUCAAGAGCAUACUGCAAUAUCCCAGACUUAUUCUUAAUGGGCUAAAAAAUGUAAACUGUAUAAAAUGUAAAAGAUGGCAUGAUUGGAAUCUUGCAUAUAAGAGCAUUUAAUAAACGUAGGCUCUUAAUGGUACUACUGCAUAGGAUAUGUCUUAUGUACCAUUGCAGAUGGGACCAUAGCUGUUGGGAGGCUGUGCUAAAACAACAUAGGGACAUUCUGGUCUUAAGUGUGUUUUUCCUUAGGGCAGCCAUAAAAUGUCAGUGCUGGGACUUGUGAAACUCCUCAAAUAGUAAAUAGCCAAGGCUGUUUCAGACUUUAGCAGCAGCAAAUCUGGAUUUGCAACCAUAUAGAAAGUUGACAAUAUGUGGCUAAUCCUGGCUUUCUGCCCUGUAUUGUACACUGAGGUGACUCAAAUGCAAAAUCAAAACUUAAUUUUACAUGAACCUGGCUGUGCCCAUCUCCCUUUGAUUACAGUCAUUCCCUACUUCCUUUCCUUAUUUGAGGCAAAGCACAGUUUGCUGUUUCAAGUGAAUUAGCAAGCAAUGGAUUGUCCUGCUCUACAACUAGCACUGGAAAUCAGGCUCAUGCACAUGUCCCUAACCCAUGAUUUGGUGUUACAUCUGAACCAGCUCAUUGUUGGUCAUGUUCACACCAGGAUGUUAUCAAGGUCCAGGCUGUUGGCACACUACACUAAUUUUACACCAGCUUCAUUCACUACUACUUUGUUUCUAGGUUUGAUUUUAAGUGCAAAAAGCAACCUAGUCCUAGGUCACCAACUUUUUUGGACCCAAAGGAAUAUCUGGAAUUUUGAGGGAAGUGCCAUGACCACCAAUCUCCUAGUUACUCCUCUCUUUCCAACUGCCUUCCCCACACCCCAAAAAGGACAGAAAGUUCAGACACACAAUGCUUUUCCAUGGGGUCUAGGUAGAAGCCAGAUCUAGUAGAAUUAAAAUGGAUCCCUUUGAAUUCACAGGAUUUCUACAAAUUCACCAUCAUAUUAAAGCUCUCAUUGGUGACUGCAAAAUGCACUGUAAAAAUGGAAGAUCCUGUACUGCACUGUACUGUACUGUACUGACAAUACUGUACUGAUCCUCAGUCUCUGAAAGUGUUGACUUCUUUAUUUUAUUGUUGUCCUUUGUGGCUGAAAUGGAGGGGAGACAAGUAUCCAAUCAAACUAGAAUGGGGAAAGUGGGAUAUGAAUAAUAAACGUGCUAACUUUUCUGUAUUUUAUCCUGCCUUGGUAGUUUGUUGUAUUACACUGUUUUAUGGUUUUCUGUAAGCUGCCUUGUAAAAAACCGCAUUGCAUAAAUGAUGUUAUAAAUAUGUCAAACAUCUUAUGCACCUAUAAUGUAAUAUGUGCAGCAGUUCUUGGUGACAAACACAGAUUUGCCACUGCAGAACUUCUGAAGUGACCCUUAGAAAUAAGUCUAAUUGCUUUUUGUGGAGACUGUUUCCACAUCUCUUGCCUUUGUGCCCUGCCUGCUAGCAUCUUAGAAGUAUAUGGUUGGCCACCAUGGGAUACAGGCUGUUAGGACUGAUGGCCUCUGGGCCAGAUUGAGCUGGUCUCUUCUUAUUCUCUUAACUUACACACUUACAGCAACCAGGGAGUUCCUUCCUAACUAAUUAGCCUUCUCAUGGGUACAACUGAAAAAAACUGUCGGACAAAAUACUCUUGAUUCUCGAAAUGAUUGGGUUGUAUCCAUUAUUGGAGAAGUGGAGUUUGGCUCAUGCAAUACAACUUCCCCUUCUUGAGUUUCCCCAGUGCACACACCCCAAAUCUCUUCCAGAGAGUCCCCAGUGCUGUGAAACACAUUUGGAGGUGCAUGGCAGGAGGAGAGGAAGGGGAAAUUCCAUUGUGCAAGUGGAAGUGUGUUGUAUGAGUGGAACAGCAUUGUUGGAUACAACCCAAUGUCUCCUACUGUUCAUUUCAAGAGCAGUUCUCUCUGAAAGUACUUUUUGUGUUGGUUGUACUGCAAGUUCUAUUUUUCUGCUGGCAGGGUUUUGAAACCACAAAUAGUCCAAUUCCGAAGUGUUCUCUUGAAUGUUUUAAAUAUAGAAAGUAUGGAUUUCUGAAUAAAACAUGUCAUACCAAACAAAAUCUGCUAGUUGUUUGUUCUAUUUUAUUCCUUGAGAAGAUAAUAAUUUACAAGAAUCUGCAUUUCUAAAUGGGUCCCAAUAAAAAUACCAUAAUUUACAGCAACUUGUAAUUAUAUAGGAAACAAAUAAGCUAUAUUUUGCAUAUAUCUUGUUUAUCAUGUCCUAGCAGUUGCACAAACAGCUGGCAUUUGUAUAUAUUUUCUUGCAUAGGAAGAAAGUUAAUAUUUGAAUUAAAUAGAACAAACUAGUUUGGCACACAUACCAAUAACCCAGUUAAGCCAAACUGUAGUUAAGCCAAAUGUCUGUUCAGGAUCGGACAGCGCUUACUGGACAGUCUUGCUACUACUGCUUCCCUACAUUAUUUAGGCAAACAACAAGAACAAUUGUACCCUGUCCAUAUGACUGGGUUGCCCCAGCCACUCUGGGCGACUUCCAAUGGAUAUAAAAACUUAAUAAAACAUUAAAAACCUCCCUAUAUAGGGCUGCCUUCAGAUGUCUUUUAAAAGGCAAAUAGUAUAUUUCCUUGAUCUCUGAUGGGAGGGUUUUUCACAGGGACCACUACCAAGAAGGCUCUCUGCCUGGUUUCCUGUAACCACUUCUCACGGAGCAUUGAUCUGCAUUCCUGAUGAUGUCACUGGGGUUUAAUAUACAGUACAAUGAACAAUACUCAGUUCUGCUUGAUGGAGUGGUAAUCUUAUUGCACCACUGCAUUGUCUGAAUGUGGACACCACAGUUGCAUUCACAAAGACAUAUGUGAUACCUUAAAGUACAUUUCCCCACCCAAUUGCAUUUUCUGCCGAAGUUAACACCAGAACUAAGUGUGAUGAUGAAACACACACACACACUUAAAUUAAAAAUCACACGAAGUUCCAUUGCAAAAGGAACUUAAUUCAGAUUCAUUUCAUGCAAAAAUGAUAGGAACUACUUUGAGAUGCUGUUCAGAAAUUAUUGAAUUAAUUCCAUGAAUUGGUUCGUUUCAAGUACUGGUUUUGAAACUGAUAAGCAAUAUAAAUGAAGCUGGCAUCUGUCUCCAUUUGAAAGAGCCUAAACAAAUAUGAUCCACAACACUGACAUGAUUUACAACCCAGUUAAGCACAUCAUUUUUAAACUGAUUUUGCCCUGUACGUUUUGAAAGGAUUGGAUUGGAUUAUAUCCAUGUACUUCAUUUUGCAUAUCCAAAGCCCCUUCCUGGGUUUCAUUGCACAGAAGCAGAUCCAGAAUGGGGCUCUGCUUGGUAGGAAGCGUGCAUGGUCUCUGUGUGGGAAGAGGGCAUGGGUUGCAAUUGGUAAAAUCUGCUCCCCUUGAAAAAAGAAAAGACAAAAGUGAUCAGGGCAAGCAUUUACUCAAAAAUCCUAAACAAUACUCCUGACUUGCAUCGUUCAGUUUUCCCAGAAGGGUGACUGCUCUUCAUUCUCAUGAGGAAAAGGGAAACUGCUGUGUCCUCAGAAGAGGCCUGCUGGAUCCAGCAUCCUGCUUCCUGGAUGCCUGUUGGAAACCUUGAAGUGGGCCAAGAUUGAAGGCAUUUGCUCUUGUCCUGCUUUUGCUUCCCAGAAGCUGGUAUUACUAGCUAGCAUUACUGCCACUGAACCUGGCGGUUUCAUAGAGAUAUCAUGGCCAUAAAUUUGUGUAAUUAAUUCUUGAGCCUUGCCACCCCAAAGAUGAUGCAGUUUUGUGUAUAAUCAUAGUUUUUGCCAUGAUCCUCUUUUUAUUUUGUCAAGAUUUCUGUAUGUGAAAUGCCUGUUGAUAUUAUGCAAAGCUGAGGAAGCAAAUUUUUGUUAGAUGUGCAGUUGUUUUGUUAGAUGCACAAUUGUCUCUGCAAUGGGGAAAAAUGAGAGAAUGAGAGUUCGAGAAAAAGUGUGGCAAAGGUUAAAGGAAUAUUUAAGAAUGUUUUUGAUCUCUUAAAAACCAGAAACAUAUUUAAAAUAUUAAUGGACUGUUCUGUGUAUGCUUUUUCUGAACAUCCCAAUCAGCAUCAUAUACAAGCACAUAUCAGUGGCAUUUUCAAUAGCUUUCCACAAGAAACCUUUAUAGUUAUUAAUUAUAACACCCCAGAGGACAGGAUCACACUUCAAAACGACCUUGACAGAUUAGAGAACUGGGCCAAAACAAACAAGAUGAAUUUUAACAGGGAGAAAUGUAAAGUAUUGCACUUGGGCAAAAAAAGUGAGAGGCACAAAUACAAGAUGGGGGACACCUGGCUUGAGAGCAGUACAUGUGAAAAGGAUCUAGGAGUCUUGGUUGACCACAAACUUGACAUGAGCCAACAGUGUGACGCGGCAGCUAAAAAGCCAAUGCAAUUCUGGGCUGCAUCAAUAGGAGUAUAGCAUCUAGAUCAAGGGAAGUAAUAGUGCCACUGUAUUCUGCUCUGGUCAGACCUCACCUGGAGUACUGUGUCCAGUUCUGGGCACCACAGUUCAAGAAGGACACUGACAAACUGGAACGUGUCCAGAGGAGGGCAACCAAAAUGGUCAAAGGCCUGGAAACGAUGCCCAGCUAAGGGAGCUGGGCAUGUUUAGCCUGGACAAGAGGAGGUUAAGGGGUGAUAUGAUAGCCAUGUUCAAAUAUAUAAAAGGAUGUCACAUAGAGGAGGGAGAAAGGUUGUUUUCUGCUGCUCCCGAGAAGCGGACACGGAGCAAUGGAUCCAAACUACAAGAAAGAAGAUUCCACCUAAACAUUAGGAAGAACUUCCUGACAGUAAGAGCUGUUUGACAGUGGAAUUUGCUGCCAAGGAGUGUGGUGGAGUCUCCUUCUUUGGAGGUCUUUAAGCAGAGGCUUGACAACCAUAUGUCAGGAGUGCUCUGAUGGUGUUUCCUGCUUGGCAGGGGGUUGGACUCGAUGGCCCUUGUGGUCUCUUCCAACUCUAUGAUUCUAUGAUUCUAUGUGCUUAUGCUGUGUGAAGUAGUUCCUUUCAUCCAGCCUGACCUGACCAACAUUCACCAGUGUACCCAUUGCUGGAGAACAUGAGUGGGGUGAAUGCUGUUGUGCUCAUGUUCUGCUGAUGGACUUCCCUUAAGCAUCUGGUUGUCCACUGCAGGAAUGCUAGACCAGAUAGGCCUCUAGUCUGAUCCAGCAUGGCUUUUCUUAUUUUCUUAACAUUUGUUUUGCCAGAGUUUGUGUUUCUUUUUUGAACUCCUCAUUUGGGGAAAGGUUCCGCGUUCUCAGGAAAGUCUUAAUACCUUUUUUUUAGCCUUGUUGACUCAGCUGGUUAACCAUGCUUGCAUUCUCUUCAGGUUGAUAGUACCUUUCCUACAUCUCUGUGGUAUGUGUUCUAGCCAAGCUUCAUUUUUCUGAUUUUUAACUAACUUGCAAGCAUUUUGGAGCAACUUGACCCCCUUGACUUUCCCUUUCAGCUACGUAUUUACUUCAUUGUUGUUGUUCUUAGAAGUUUCAUCUUUUGAAGUCAAACGUGAUUGUGCUGGGCUUUCUUAGGAAUUUUCCAUUUACACAAAUGCUCAGUGCCACUGCUCUGACACUUUACUGUGUGGAAUCCCUUAUGGAAGUGUAUUGAAGAACUCACAAAAAUACAUUCCAUGCUACCUACCCUGGGCAUGGGGCAUUUUCUCCAUCCUAUCUCUCGCUUGUCCUUAAUGAAGAGAGUCAUGUUAAUCUUGAUUUCUUAAAUGCUUGUUAAGCACCUUUAUACAUAGCCUUACAUAUACUGUAGAUUCAUAUAUCAUUUCUGAAGCAGCAGAAUUACUGCCCUAGAUGUUAACAUCUGGUAAAACUGCCAGUGGUUUUUGAAUGGAAUACGAAGAUGGGCACAAGCAGUUUGUUAACAAUGCAGUAGCUAUUUAAAGAUGCAUUGUAUUGAGACGUAGUGACCUCUAGUACUGGACACACAGGGUUCUCAGCAUUACUAGUGUUUCUCCAGUCAUUUGAAAAUCCAUGGAAGUGAGUAUCUGGCAGUGCUGGGUUUCAGCAGUGCUGCUGCUGAAAGCGCCAAGAGAUUGUGUUGCCUUGUGGUUACGGCCACCACAACAAAAGCUUUCAAGUGACUUCUUUCCCCCUAAAAAUUCAUUUUUUAAUGAAAGUUGGUAGAGAUCCAUUUUUCCCGUGUCCAACACUUCUGGAAAUGUUUUACUUCUAAAUAUGUAACAAUACUCUUAGCUGUGUUUGGUGCAGCAGAUUAACAUGGCUAUCCCUCUGCAUGUUAUAUUUUCCAUUUGGGUUCCCAAAGACCCAAAGAUACAAUAGACAAGCUACUUGUGUUCACCUUGUACUUGUGUUCAUAUUAAAUGUUUGUGAGAAUACAGGCACAGAGCAGAUUUGCUUCUUGUAGCUGUGAUCCUCACGAAAGACCUGAAAUGGAAAUUAUGAUAUUCUCAAUGUGUAGUAAAUACCAUAUAUUUCUCCCAGGGGUGGUUGAAUAUUCAUAAGUACAAGUAAAUUAGAGAAAACCUCUUAGUUCUUAUGCUCAAGUAAAAAUAAUACUGAGCACAGGUGCAAUAUUUGAACUGACAUUUAUAACCUGCUUUUUUCUUUUCUUUUAUGUUCCUAGUGAAUAAUCUGCUUAAGAAAUACAUUUUUGCGGAAAAAGAGGACCUCAGCUUCCUAGUGAUGUUCUCUUCAUGUCCUGUUUGCUGGUAG